AUGCCUAAUUUGGUUAGUGGUAAUUUAUAUCAACAGUUUCUUAGCGCCCACCUUGCAAAGGCCCAUAGUCCGGAAACUAAGCGCGGGAUUCAGUUACAACGACGUCGAGUCCAGAGCCAAAAGGAUAAGCUGUAUCUUGAGGAACUUAAACGACAACGUGUCCAACAGGGUACUCAAACCGGAAGCAUUUAUGAACAAACCCUCUUCCACUACCACCGACGAGCUAUGCCCGAGCGGGACCUCCUCGCUCAGAUUUUGCCAACCAAGUCAACUAUACGAAGCUCAGCCGGACGGGAGGCUAUGAAGGCGUUGGAAGCAAUCUGCAACCAGUACCGUCCGGUUACCUGUCGAUCAAGUUUACACCCAGUCAAUGGCAGAUGCGUUUGUGGUGAACCAAUAGAUAGGUUUCAUGCCCAUCGCCAAUGGCUUCAUCUCUAUCGUUGCUACCAUAAGAGGCUUCGUCAAAUGAGUGUCGAUGAUUUUGCGGAGUUUUGCUACGAGGGCGACCUGUGGUUCAAUAAUCAGAAUGAAUGGCAUCAGCACUGUCAGGAUCAUCUCAGCAAACCUAGCGAACUACUUUGCUGUGAUCCGAUUAUAUUCCAGAAUUGUCCGGUCAAACCUGGCUACUGCCCUUUGUCUGGGUAACUUAACAUGAGCUUAGGGCCGACCCGACAGAUGUGGGGCGGGUUGGGGGAGGCAGACUUGGCUAUUAUCCAUCCAUCCACAAGCGCUUGUACUUGUUGAGUCGAGGAUUGAGCAAAUGGAAGCCUUGGCAGAGAUACUACACAAAUCUACUGUGUCGGAACAAUCACCUGUUUCAAUUGUUAUAACAACAAGCAUUCAAUCUUCCACUUUUCUUUUCUUCUUUCCCCAGCGAUAUCUUUUGUAUGCUAGUCUUAUAUCAAUUUAGCAACACAGGACUCAGCCC